AUGGCCGACCCCAAGCCCGCAAAACAACCCGAUCAAGUCUUCACAUCCGCAGAUCGCAUCCGACAACUAAACGAGGUAGACAAGGAUGUAGCCCAAUUGAUUCACUCGGCCGGCCUCGCCAUCCAAGCCCUCACGAACGCACGAUCCGGCGACGCCGCCGACCGCUCCCUCGAGGCCCACAAGGCGCGCUUCAAAGAAGCCACCGCGCAGUACUUCGCGCUGCUGUCCUCCAUUGAUGUCCGGUUGCGACGGCAGGCUUACGCGCUGGAGGAGGCCGCCAUAUUGCCGCCGGAGUUGUCGGAUGUGGGUGGGGUGGCGGGCGGUGCGGCGGGGGUGCGGGGGUGGCUGCUGGAUAAGGAGGCGGAGUUGUGGGCGGCUGCGAGGGAGUUUGUGGAGCAGAUGGGUCCGGGGGAGAGAGAGGGGAGGCAGGAGGGGGGACAAGGCAAGAUGGAGGUGGAUUGA